AUGGAUGAUAAGUUACCUGAGGAUUUUGAUGUGAUUAUUUUGGGCACUGGACUUCCGGAAUGUAUGAUUGCGGCGGCUUGCGCCCGUUCUGGUCUUAGUGUAUUGCAGUUGGAUAGGAACGAUUAUUACGGUGAUUUGUGGUCCUCAUUCAAUUUACGAACAAUCCAGAAUUGGAUAACGAGAGAUAACAGGAAUGAUAAUGAAGCUGAAAUUAAUUCUGAAUCUUUUCUGCGUGAUGGUGAAGAAUUUUUACCAGUUACAUAUCGUUCUUUUGUUAAGAAUGUCCAUCAACAUUUUUUCCACGACAAUAUUGCAAAUGUUGAGGGAUUGGAUGCUGCUGGAAUAGCUUCGCAUUUGCAGGAUAUCAAUCCGCAAUGGCGAAAAUUCAGUUUGGAUCUUUUACCUAAGGUAUUAUUGAGUAGAGGUGAUAUGGUAAAAUUGCUGUGUGAUUCUGGUGUUGCCAAAUAUUGCGAAUUCAAGUGUGUUGAUCGACUUUUGAGCCAUAUAUCAAAUAAAGGCUCAAAUCGACUUGAAGUUGUUCCGUGUUCUCGAGGCGAAAUAUUCCGAAGUGAUGCUAUUUCAGUGCAAGAUAAACGACGAGUGAUGAGAUUUCUCCAGAAAUGCAUUGAAUGGAGGAGAAAUCCUAAUGAAAAUGACAGUUGGAAAGAAUAUGCUGAAAAACCGUUUGAUACUUUCGUGGAAUCUAUUGGUAUCGUAGGUCAAGCGAAGAGUAUACUUACUGACACUUUAGCAAUCCUUCAUCCAUCAUCUAACACUAAGGAGAUAAGUUGUCUAUGCCUGGAAGCAAUAUGGCAGUUUAUGGAAUCUGUUGGACGCUUUGGUGAUUCGCCAUUUUUGUGGACACUAUAUGGUAGUGGAGAAUUACCCCAGUGUUUUGCCCGACUGUGCGCUGUUUUUGGUGGAAUUUAUUGUCUGAAUCGUUCGGUUGAUGGCUUUAUCGUCGCUAAUGGAAGGAUAGUAGCGGUAAUAACACAAGGUCAGCGCAUAAAAUGUAAUCACGUAAUAGCAAAUGAAGCAUACGUACCUCAGCAGUACAUAAGCACCUCGUUGCGAACGCAGCUGAAUCGAGUUAUUUUGAUAACAGAUCGUUCUAUUCUACCAGACCUCGAAAAAGAACAUAUCAGUGUAUUAAAUCUCUCCAAUUUAGAAAGUAAUAUAUUUGCUUAUUUACUGGAAGCCGGAUAUGAAGGAUGUGUUGCACCAAAAGGAAGAUAUGUAACUCAUAUAACAGCACGAAGUGAUAGCGCUGCGAGCAUUAUUUUAAAUCCUAUAAUUGAUGUUUUUUUCAAUAUGACGGCGAAUGAAGAAAUGAAACCUCGAAUCUUGUGGUCUCUUUACUUUGAUUUAGUUUUACCAUCCAUAGUUUCCCAUACCUUGCCAAUAAAUAUGCGAAUUGUUCCAAGUAUUGACGAACAUUUAAAUUAUGCCCAAAUCAUUUGCGAGGUAAGGAAAAUUUUUGAAGAGCUAUGGCCAGAUCGUGAUUUUUUGCCACCCUCAUUGAUUGAAGAGGAAAGCGAGGAAAGCGACGUUAAUUUAGCAAAUAUUGAGAGGAAGCAGGAAGUUAUAGAAAAUGUAGUUGAACGAAAUGACAUAAAUAGCGAUUUGGCUUCAUAA